AUGAAUAGAUAUAAGAAAGCAACAAAUAUUAUUUAUUUGUAUAGUGUAUAUAACAUUUAUUCAAAUUGUAUGGAUCAUAUUUCAGAAAAUAUCUUUCAACUAAAAAUAUCUACAAAAUUACAAAAUGUAAUGACAUUCUGUGAAAAUAGAAAUAACAAAAAUAAUAUAAAAUAUGAAAAAUCUUCUGAUACUAUUUUGAAAAUUUUUGAAAACGAGAAAAAAAAAAAUAGUAUUACUCCAAAAGAAAUUCAAAAAAAAAAAUUUAUUGAUAAUUUAAAUUAUAAAAAUGUUCUAAAUAAUGAAAACUCUCUUACAAAUGAAAAAGGGGAGAAUGAAAAAAAUAGUAAUUAUGAAGAUAACUUCGUAAGUAAUGAAAAAGAUUAUUUCAAUACUAUUAAUAAAAGUAAUAAACUUUUUAAUGAGACAAAAUCAAACGAAAAAAACGAAGAAAAAACAAUGAAUAACAAUAAAAAUGAUGAUAAAAUUAACAAUUAUGAAUCAUAUGACACUGAAAAAAAUAAUAAAGAAGAAGGUGGAGAUAUAAAUACUAUGAAUAAAUCUGAAGAUGAAUUGAAUGAAGACAUGAUUAAUUUAAUUGAGAAUAUAUUAAAAAAACAUAACAUAGUUUUGUUCAUGAAGGGUACAGCUUUAAAUCCCUUUUGUAAAUAUAGCAAGCAAGCUAUACAUAUAUUAAAAUUAAAUAAAGUUAAAGAAAUUCACACUGUAAAUAUUUUAGAUAACGAAAAAUUAAGAAAUUCCUUAAAAAUUUAUUCUAAGUGGCCUACAUUUCCGCAAUUGUAUAUCAAUAGCAAAUUUAUAGGAGGAAUAGAUAAAGUUCAAGAGUUGCAUGAUAGUAAUAAAUUAAAAGAAUUAAUAGAAAAUUCGUAA